AUGUCGCCCGUCACCCAGGAUCUCGAAGCCAUCGCGGUGAGUAGCGUGGAACUGGCUGUGCCAACUCUGGGCCGCGCAAAGGGACUCUGCUACGACGGAAACACAUGCCAAUAUCUCGGCAUCCCGUUUGCGACCAUCCCUGGGAGGUUCAGGAGGCCGCGCUCUGCUCCCACGCCUUGGCCGGACCACGUCCUGGAUGCUACCACUCUUGGACCGUACUGCCCACAGCCUCCGCGCGACUUCUACCCGAUACCAGUUCCGCCCCAGCGGCCAUGGGCAGCCGCCGCGCCGUCGACUUCAUCGACAGAAUGUCUGAAUCUCAACAUCAGUGUUCCUUUCCCGCCCCAGGAUCCGCGCUUAAAGGGCCUUCCGGUCAUGGUUUUCUUCCAUGGCGGCGCUUUCGCUUAUGCCGCCGGGUCUGCCGCCAUCUACGACGGCCGCGUGCUCGCUGAUGUUUCACGGGAUGAAGCCGGCAGUCCGGCCAUUAUCAUAUCACUGAACUACCGCCUGGGAGUGCUGGGCUUUCUUGCCAGUAAGGAGAUCCGGGAGUACAACGCUUCGUUUGGCGAGGAGGGCGUGGGGAACUAUGGCAUUUGGGAUCAGGUGGAAGCACUUCGUUGGGUAAAGCAGCACAUCUCGGCCUUUGGCGGUGAUCCAGAUCGUAUCACUGCAUUUGGACAAAGUGCUGGAGGUGUCUCCGUCAACGCCCACAUCCUUCGCGACGAGCCCUUGUUUUCCGGCGCCAUCCUACAGUCCGGACUCCUGCCUCUCUGUGGUAUAAUGUCCGAGUCUGAGUAUCAAGUCCUUUACGAAAAGAUGUUGCAGACUCUGGGCUGUCCAAUGGAAUUGUCGCCCCAAGACCGUCUAACAUAUCUUCUCAACGUUUCAGAGGAAGACUUGAUUGCCGCAAUGGUCCCGGUGUUCAUCGCGCCUGUGAUAACCAUGGCCUUGUGCGAUGACGGCGUGCUCAUACCGGGUAAGAUGCCAUCAUGGUCAGAUUUCAAUUCGGUAAAAGCACCAUCUUGGUGUCCCAGGGUCAUGGUCGGCGAUGCGGCGAACGAAUGCAUCAUCUGGAACAAGGCUUUCCGGCAUCACGAUGGCGCUUCUGUCACCAAACUUGCCGCUUCUUUCUUCGCUCCUGACCAAGCCAAGAAGAUACUGGAUUUGUACUCAAUCUCUUCCGAGACUCCCAAAGCGGAGGUCUUCGACAAAAUAGAGAAGAUGACCACGGACGCCAUCUUGGCCCCGAACUACGAUUUCAUGCGAGCAAACCCCCACUGCUACGCAUACCAUUUUGACGAGCCGUCGAGAUACGAUAACGAAUGGGGCGGUCUCGCACAUCAUUCGCUCGAGAACAUCUACAUCUGGAACGUCCUACGGCACACCCUACCUCCAGCACAGCAAAAGCAAGCCGCGAGGAUGGCCGCUCUUUGGCUCCGUUUUGCCUCUGGUGACAGCCCUUGGCCUGCUUUUGGGCAUGAGCAGAGUAUCAUGCUCUUUGGCGGAGGGGAGGCGACGCUGUCGAAUCCGAGUCAAGAUGCUAGGCGUGGCUACAGCAGGUGGGAAAGUAUUCGAGACCUGGGUGGGAAGGACUUGAUCGAGAGCUGGGGAGAGUUUGCCUUCCAGUUAUGCAUUCUUAAGCGCGAGUUGCUGGAUCCUAGCUUUGAGAUGAAGGCGAUGGAGGUCGAGCCGUUGGCGCGCAAGGUUGACGAGAGGCAAGAGCCUGGCGUUCUGUAG